CAUUCCAUUUAUACUUAAACCAUCAUGCUAUAAUGUUUGCUUUUGUAUUAAUCUUCCAGCGAGAAUCAUUAGGUUUAAAUCAAUCUACACCUGCUCUGAAAUGUUGCAUCAUACCUUCAUUUUGACAUCGCCAACCGGAAGUAUUGCAGUUGACGCGCGCGAGCUUAACAGUAGUCACUGACACAGCCAGCUGGUGUGGUGGCUGAAGGAAUCUGGCUGACACAUCGGUCAGAGACUCACUCAGCGCGGAGAAACACUCGUGGUCCUAGUCGCUGAGAGCAGAAGUAUCCAACCUAUAUUCCAGCGGGGAGAGAGACUUUAUUUUCGGCGGUGAAAACAGGAAACUACCAUGAUGGCAGUCCUGGGCAGCGCCGGUCGCUUGAUUCAAUUUGCCAGGAGCAGCGUCAGUCUGAGUGUGAGGAGACGCUCCACUGCUGCUGCUUUAGCCCAAACUAUGACUCCAGAAACACAGGAGAAUAGGAAACCUAAGACGGGCAUCCUGAUGCUGAACAUGGGAGGACCCGAGAAACUAGAAGACGUUCAUGACUUCCUGCUGCGGCUCUUCAUGGACACUGACCUGAUGAAACUCCCAGUACAGAAUAAGCUCGGUCCUUUCAUUGCAAAGCGUCGCACGCCAAAGAUCCAGGAGCAGUACAGUAAGAUCGGCGGAGGCUCACCCAUCAAACACUGGACCUCCAUGCAGGGAGAGGGCAUGGUGAAGCUGCUGGACGAGAUGAGCCCUGAGACAGCCCCUCACAAGUUCUACAUCGGUUUCCGGUACGUUAACCCGCUGACGGAGGAAGCCAUCGAGGAGAUGGAGAAAGACGGGGUGGAGAGAGCUGUGGCCUUCACACAGUAUCCUCAGUACAGCUGCUCCACCACAGGAAGCAGUCUGAAUGCCAUCUACCGUUACUAUACCAACAGAGGCUCCAGGCCGAAAAUGCGCUGGAGUGUCAUCGACCGUUGGCCCACACACCCUCUGUUGGUGGAGUGUUUUGCAGACCACAUCAAUAACGAGCUGAUGAAGUUUCCAGAAGAGAAGAGAGACGACGUCGUCAUUCUGUUCUCAGCACACUCGCUCCCUAUGGCUGUUGUAAACAGAGGCGACCCAUAUCCUCAGGAAGUAGGAGCCACAGUUCAGAGAGUCAUGGAGACACUGGGACACUGUAACCCUUACAGACUGGUGUGGCAGUCCAGGGUGGGGCCCAUGCCAUGGCUCGGCCCCCAGACGGAUGAGGUGAUCAAAGGUCUUUGUGAACGGGGGAAGAAGAACAUCCUGCUGGUGCCGAUUGCUUUCACCUCCGACCACAUAGAGACUUUACACGAACUGGACAUCGAGUACGGACAAGUGCUGGGAGUGGAGUGUGGAGUGGAGAACAUCAGGAGAGCAGAGUCGUUGAAUGGGAACCCUCUUUUCAUGAAGGCGCUGGCAGACCUGGUCCAGUCCCACUUGAAGACCAACGAGCCCUGUUCCCGACAGCUGACCCUGCGCUGCCCGCUGUGCACCAACCCCACCUGUGGAGAAACCAAGGCCUUCUUCGCCAACCAGAAACUCUCAUAGAAACGUGCUCCACUUUCACACACACACACACACACACACACACACACACACACUGAUGCCCUUCCUGCUGUGAAGAAACAUAUGGCCUCCUUCAAUUAAGAGAAGCAUCGUGCACGCACACAUAAACACACACUGUCUGUCCAGCAAGAGUGUCAGUUACAUAGAAAACGUAACACGAAGAACAGAUCAAACGGUCUCUGCAAAUCCGUUCUGAAGUUUUGUAAACAGCUAAAUUUGAGUAGAUGAGAGAACUGACACUCCGCAGAAACCGCUCAUAUCACAUCAAAACUACAAGAAAAAGCCUUGCACUAGUUUUUUUUUUGUGUGUCUUUUUUAUUACAGUUCCCUCGCUUACAUUCCAUUUGCUUAGCCCUGCAAACCUCAGUCAGAGACCCUGUUUCUCUUCUCGCUGGUGCUAGAUAAAUAAGUCAGCCGUUACGAUGACACCACACACAAGGGAUUUGGUUAGUUAGCUGUUUCUCUCCCGAGCCUUAUCACCUGUUGCUUCACACACGCACACACCAGUCAGUAACCCCGCCCAUCCUGCUGAAAUCCCUGCAAUGUGAUUGGAGGAGGUGGGUGCUGCUCAAAAUGCUGUUACCUGAUGACCGUUUUAAUAUCCAGGUGAACGCCAGUCGGCUUAAGAGAUAAAAAAGGGCAAAUUAGUAGGAAUUGCGCAACUCUUUAGGAAUUCAAGAGAUUUAACUUUUGCUGUCUCGCAUUUUUCACAUCAUUUAUUUUAAAACUUAAACCUCCCUUUCAGUUUUAAAAAAUGAUGUGAUUUGAAGCGUUGGUUAUUGUAUUAAUCCUGUUUCUAUUCCAUGUUGGUGCUGUAUAGAGCUAACAAAGAGCUUAUAAACAACAUUGCAUGAUUUCUACAAUAAACCAGAGUGUUGCUGUAGUCAAGUUAAAUUAAGAGAAAUCAAGUGUCAGGGGUAAGGAUCUCUCAGGGUAUCAUGAAAUAAUAUUGAGGGAUAGUGUGAGAUGACUUCCGAGCAAGAAGAAAUAUGUUGUAACAAUACAACUUAAGUAAUAUGUUUACUUUUAUAUUCUUCAGAAAAUAUUGACAGUUUUGAGCCUCUCUGCCUCCGCUGAUAACAAAUUACGAAAACAAAAAUUUAAAUGUUCACCUCUUAAUAUGUGCAGCCUCUGGGGCAGUUGUUGCUUCAUUUUAAGAGCCAUCUGCCAGUUCUUCAUUUUGAGAGAGACUGGCUUAGUAAAUCAAUAAACACAGCUGAUUGAAGAGAAGAAGGUAAAUUAGCUGGCGAGUUAAAACCAACUCAGUUAUGUUUUUGCAGUUUUUGUUACAAAAAGUACAGGUGAACAAUCAUCAGAAUGUGAAACAGGAAGUAGGGUUAACAUCAUGAACGAUGCAGGUCCCAGUUUAGGUUCUCACACUGCAGAAAUGUGCCACUGUAUUGUAGCUUCAGGAGAGAGAAGUCACCAGUAAUUUUUAUGAGAAUUCUGUCCAUCAGGCCAUGACUUUGGGAAGAACACAUAUUAAUGGUUUUGAAAUCUGUGUAAAUCCUACAGUAGUUUUUUUUUUCCCAAAUGAAUUCCCAACAUUGAUUACUUAUUUUUAGGUUGUGUAUGGACUUCACAACCUGACAGCAUGUGUGUCCUCAAAAAUGUAUUUUUCUUGCCCUAUGAUCCGUAUUUCAUCUUUGAAUCCUCUCACUGAUUACUUAAUAAGUCACUGAAUUUAAUUAUGUGCAGGUUCUACUUUUCAUUACCAAUUCUGAUCUAUCAAUCUAUCAGUAUCAAAAUUGAUGUUUGAUUUUGUAACAUAUUUAGCAUUAAGCAAAGGCUUUUUUCUGUUCUGUUACUGUGAGCAAAAUGUGUAGGCUGUACAGUUUCAGAUAAAGGUGAUAAGACAAAAUGUUUUUAUAUUUGAUUCAUAUAAUAUUGUACCAGGUGUGAUGAGAGCAGAAAAUGAAAUGACUUGUGAGGCACUGCAGAAGAAGCAUAAAAGAGAACUACAAUGAAACUGGACUUGUCCUUUUAAUAACAGAAUGCAGUGUUUACAUUUUAAACAUACAGUGUAAAGAAGUAGCACAGAUGUGUCUGAAUUUCCAUACGUUGAGUGUUAGUUUCAUUUCAAGGUCGAUUGACUUUGACCUCUGUCAGCUUAAAGCUCAAUGCACUACAUUAUUAUGUAACCCCCCGCCCCCUCACAUGAUUAGCUAGAGUGCAGUAAACUAAAUGUGGAAAACCUAAUUUCAUUAGUUAGGUUGAAUAUCUUUUGUUUUAAUUCACUGUCAGAGGCUGCAAUUCCAGAAAAAAUCCUGAAGGUUGCAAGUCUGAUCCCAUCUGCUGUCCUGUUAGCUCGGUAUGAGAAUCUCCACUAAUGUCAAAAAUAACACCUGACACUUUAUAUGGGCGAUAACUUGACCUUUGAGCGCUAACCCUGUUCCUCCUCUGCUAUUUUUGUCCUGUUAUGCCAUGACAACGUGCCUUUUACACUGGCUUACUAUAGACUGGACUUGUGCUUUAUGUAAAUUUUACAUGUUAACCAAAAUGCUGACUGGAAAAAUCCACCCUGAAAUCUGAAUUUACAUGUUCCUGCUGUGAUCUGGGCCAUCGACAGCUCCAUGCCCAUGCUGAAAUCCAGAAAAAAGAUCACAAUUGAGGUGUUUGAACUCUGAGCUAGGCAAUUAAGCGCUUUAAUCUGCUAAUAGCAACCUAAAGAGGUACAGGGGGAGCUAGUGAGUUAAGUAGUGCUUGUCAGUGGCGUGGUGGGCUUUCUUUUCACCAAGUACAUUGUGGUUCAUGCCUUCUGUAACCUGAGCGAGGCUGCUUUGUUGAUAGAAGGAAAGAUAGUGGGAAUUUCUGACAGCUAUGAUAUUUCCCAGUUGCUGAAAAGAACCACAAAAUUGAACAAGGUGAUGGCAAAAUGGCUGCAAAACCUCCAUCACUGGCAGUUGCAUAUAAAUAACAUCCAAUAGUAAAAGUAAUACAGUCAAUUGAGCUAACUGAAAAGCAGCUACACACUGUUUGUAUCUGGUUUCACUUCUUAACAAACCACUACGAAUAUGAUACAUGAUUAAAAAAUAGCUAAUGUAGGCUAUUCAUAUUUUGUGAGUACAAAGCUAACAGCGGUGGUAACUAUUUUGGAAUAGUGCUUGAACGUUUCCAAGUCGGCAAGAAUACAGCACUAAACAUGAACAAUGACAGCACUCGCCUGCUAGCUUAUUAGCUCUCUUGCUAGUUAGCUACAUAACUCACUUACCAUCUAGUUAGCUCAAUAGCUCAGUGACUUGUACAAGUGCAGCCAUUCUGGAGAUGAAAAACCACAAUGAUGUCAAACUGUCUCCAUGAACUCUUGAGAGUUUUAAUGAGUUCUUUCAUUCAGUAGCUGUUCGAGUGACUCAACUUUUUGAUAGUCCUUAAGAGUUUGACUUUAGAGCUUGUCACUAACACUCAGAUUGGCCUUUUUCCAGUGAGUAUAGAUGGUGAACACAAUACUUGCCACUCAUGGUGGCCAUUGGUUACCAACCAUAGGUCGCCAUGUUGGAAGAGAGAUGUUAAAAUUCUUUUUCUCUCUAUGUGUAGCUUAACCUCCUACCAGCACCCAAAAUUCCCAACUUUGACUUUUUCACUUUUCCAACAUGGCAGCAUGUUGUAACCGCUGGUAAACACCUAAAUUACUGGCAUGAAUUGUACAGUUGUUUUGGUUGGUCCAUUUCUCUGCUUCCACUGUGUAAUACAUACAGAAAUAAAACACAUCGUUACUUUGUGCUUUCAGUGCGCUUCCAAAAAACAUCACUUUAAUACAAAUCAGUAAACUGGAAAAAGUUCAACUUAUGCAGAAAUAGUCACAUUUUCAGGUCACAGCAGGACGACAUGCUAAUGCCUGUGAGGGGCAGAUUUUUCCACCCACCUGCAUAUUUUCUUAUUUAUUUUGAUUUAUUCUGUGAGUCAGUUUUGAGAACUCUGUCAUGUUAAGUUUUGCUGUGUGUGUGUUAAUCUGAAAAGUGCAUUGAGCAGAGUUUGCGUUGUACAUAGAACAGAUGCUACAACUUUGUUGCGUUUGGAUUUAUUUAUUUGUUUUUGUUUUGUUGUGUUACAGAGCACACGAAGCAUCUGUCUCCACUGUUUGAACAUGUUUUUUUUAUAUAUAUAUAUAUGUGAGAGACAUGGUAGUAACAGUGUGACCAUACAUAAUGACAAGUCUUCCUUUAAAAUAAAAUACAAACUGGCUACAGGUUUAA